GGCAUUCAACAUAAGCAGCACCAGGCCAUGAGUGAAACAUAGGAAGAAACGAAAUCCGUGACGGGGAGAAGUCAGACUGCGCUUUAUAAUGGCUAUGGCUGCCAAUGCCCUGCCCCCUCUAAUUGCCUCGCAGCUCAACUACCUUCUCACUCACUCUCCUCUCCCCGUAAAGGUUGAUCAGAUAUGGUCUGGCUGCAAGAAUUCAUUCCUGUCUGAUCGAUUCACUUUGCUUAUACCCUUCUGCCUAGAUUAUAUCAGAUGGGAUGUUAUCUACAAUGCACAGUUUCCAUUGGCAGCACCAGAUAUCAUAUUUUCUCCGGAAGACGAAAACUUUCACCCGCUUCCUAUUUCCGGGGAAGGAGGAGGGGAGGUUCAGAGUCCUAGAAGCAGUCUCCGUGACUGGAACAGUAAAGAUCCUUCCCGGUUGAUGUCUCUUAUUCAUGAGCUCAGGGAUGUGUAUAUGUCCUAUCAAAGAAAGCGUGUUGGUGAACUUGACGACGAGAGACUGAAGUUUGAGAUUAGCACCAUUCUUUCUCGGGAGGGAAUUGAAGUUGGUAUUAUUUCAGGGGCAGACAAGCCAGAGGAGGUGAAGUUUGCUGUACCUUUACUAGACAUGGAUUUAAACAAACUGGUGGAUGGGUGCCCCUGGAAACAUCAGCAAAAGAUCUAUUUACAGGUUGUCUUUCCAGUUAGCAGAAAAUACUCCUCUGCUCCUUGUGCUCCGCGUGUAAAAUUAAUCUCUUCCUCUGAGAUAAAGGCCCUGUUCUCCACUGAUGAUGUCAGGCUUCCUCCAUGGGUAGAUGGAAUGUGUAUGGCUGAAUAUCUUCCUACUUUGGAAGAAACUCUCAAGGCACAGGUUUUAGAGGCGGUUGCAUCAAUUGGAAUUAGAAGGCGCUUUAUUGAGGCUUUAGUUCCUCACUUUGGGAGACCAGUAGAGGCUGAUCCUGUAUUUUGCAGGAAGGCCACAGUUCUUGCAGCCUCAGGGGUGUUUACGUUUCUGGUGCACUUUUUUCUUUCAACUCAGUUCCCUAAGCAACAACCUGUUUUGAUGCUUCAAAGUUCUCAGCAUUUCAAUUCUCAAGGUGCACCAAUCAUGUCACCUCCUUUGGUAGAUUAUCCAUGGAGUCCCAGAUGGGAAAUAUCACAAAUGGCAGAACGCAUCUUCGACUUUUUGGUGGAGGAAAGCUUGAGCUUUAAGAAGUAUUGUAAUGAGACCCAACUUUAAUGCGGAUCUUCGGAAGAAGCAAUAUUCAAUGUACAAAAUUUGUCCUGGUUGUUUCGAAGCCUUGUAUUUUUAUGAGCAUCAAAAUCGGUUUGAAUGUUAACAAUGUGUUGCUUUAAACAUGGUCCCUAGAGGAGGUAAAUGUUCAAGAUUCAAUUUCAGCAACAUUAAGAGCCAACAUUACAAAACCUACCUGAUUCCAAACUAACAGAAAAUUUUCAUAAGUACCUCUUUUUUGUUCUUCUCAAAACCAGAGACAUUAUAACUAUUCUCUAAUCACCUCUUGUUUUAGGAGUCAUCCUGAUUUGAGGCCAA